CUUACCCAACUAGAAUUUCUGUAGUGCGUCAUCGGGAUUCAUGUUUUGAAAUUUGGUACGGUAUUGGAAGGUCCAGAAUACUUAACUAGACAUGUUCAAAUUAGUCCCGGAACAUGCUACAUCAUCCGACAUUUAGGGGAAAGGUUACUUAAGAGAUUCAAACGUGCACUGGAUGCGUAACUUGUGAGGCCUCUUCGCUCGUAAACAUGUACACAAUCUGGUUCGUGGGUCAUCGAUCUACAACGUGGUCGUACUUGGUUGUCCUUUUAGUGUUUUGCUCCAUUCUACAGCGAACAACAGCUCAGUUGCAUCUGUUUAUUACAAAGGAGGAUGCCAACACACAUCUAAAGAUGAACUUCCAGGGAAGAUUGUACCUCAUUCGCGAUGGAGAACCAACCACUAUGGUGCAGAAUCCUGGUGCAUUUUAUCGUUUUAUGUCACCGUUAGAUUCAUCGGUUUCAACGAUUCAGCUAAGCUGGUUUUCAUCUCCGCAGGUCUCACACUAUAGCAUGAACUUCAAAUCAAGUGAUCAUAGUAUCAUGCCUGAUCCUCAUGCAGCCACUCCUUUGGAAGGAAUUGUUCCACAAUCUCAAAAAGCCUUUCAGGUUUCCUUCUACUGUCCUGGUACUACUGAGGGAGAAGUUGAUAUGACAUUUUCCUUGAACUACACCAGAAUUGUUUCAGGCUCAGUGGAUACGGAGGAGAUCAAAAGUUUUAUGCUCACAGUGAGAAGACGAUGUGAAAAAACAGAUGGAAAUGACAAUUUCAUCGAACAAGUUACAUCCUCGCCAUGGUCACGCAGUAAAGUUGUGGGAAUCUGUGCAGGCUUGACGACUGUUAUUAUAUCUGUUGUUGGGCUGGUGUUACUGUUUCGUUAUUGUAUGAGACAGAGGAAGUUGAAGAUAGAGUUUGAAGAUGAUGUGGAAAUGUAUCGCAGCAGCAGCAGUUCAUCCAAGAUUUACAAAAAAGAAGAGCAACAAGAAGAAGAAGUUGAUGAAACAGUGGAUUCUUCAAAGCCAGGACUGUUUUACAGCCCACCAAGGCCUAAUUAUCAACCUCCAGGAGGAGGAGGAGGAGGGCGUGGCCGUGCUAACACAAGUGGCAGUGACUCCUCAACAACUGAUCUGAUUAUUCCCGAGGAAAGUAGUGAUAUGUGUAUUCAAAAGCAAUCAGAGGGAAGGUACAGCAGUAGAGAUGGCAGACACGGAGUAAGACAUAAACAUCGACGACAUGAACGACAGUGGAAACAUGGAAGCUUGUCUAAUACAAAAUACACUUGGAUACAAGAGAGACCUUUGUCAUCUUAUCAUGAAACAGAAUCUUUGUUGGAGAGAAGAAAUACUCCUGAUGAAGCUCAGAAUACUGGAGGACUUUUUACAGUAUUAAAUGAAUUUUGGGCAACAGAACUUGCAGAUGUUUUAAUACCAAGAGACCAAGUGUCAGUUGGAGAUCCUUUGUAUAGAGGAACAUUUGGAUGUUUGUAUAAAGGUUCUGUUCGAGGACUAAGUGAAGAGCAACCUCGCAAGAAAAUGGAAGUGUCCAUCAAAGCACUUCAAGAUGAAGCAGACAUGGACACCAUCACUUCUUUUAUGCAGGAAGCAAUGGUCAUAAAAGGCUUCAAGCAUCCAAAUGUUGUGGAACUGGUGGGUGUGGUGCUUCAACGUUCAACGCCACCUUACAUCGUAACUCCCCUAACACGAAAUGGAGACCUAGGACACUUUUUGAAGAUUUCAAGAGCAACAUCUGCAAGAGUACAGACAAUAACCUCACGCCAGCUUAUUGAGUUUGGAAUUGAGAUCUGCAAAGGAAUGGAUUAUAUCACUCAAAAAAAGAUUGUUCACAGAAAUCUUGCAGCAAAGAACUGCAUUGUCAAUGAUGAUUUGAGUAUCAAGAUCACUGACUUCAGUUUGGCCAGAGAUGUGAACACAACAAACUUGAAUGACAAGGGAAUACGGUCCAGAUUACUUGUCAAAUGGACAGCACUUGAGGGUUUAGCAGAGGAGGGUCAAUUUUCAGAAAAAAGUGAUGUGUGGUCAUUUGGAGUUGUUUUAUGGGAGAUUGUAACUCUUGCUAAGGCACCGUAUCAAGCUAUUGACAGUUCAAAAAUGGAGCAGCAUCUGCAAGCUGGACAUAGAUUACCACAACCUAAUAACUGUCCGUAUGACUUAUAUUUCUUAAUGAAAAACUGCUGGGAAUCCAGUCCAAAAGCAAGACCAACAUUUAGUCUGUUAUUAAAGCAAUUGGAACACUACUCCACAAGGCUGGUGCAAAAUGGACUCAAGUUUGAAUAUCUACCAGAGUCUGACUGUUGAUGAAGGGAAAUUUCUUGCUUUUCUGGGCUUAUUAUUACCGUUUAAAUAUAUAAUUUUUGUACUUGUGGCUGUAUCAUAGGAAAAAAAUAAUUUUUGUACAUUGUAUAGGUUUAUCAAAUUAUAGCCAUUUAAAAUUCAAGUAGCCUUAUUUCAGGUAUGUUUGAAGCAUGGCAGUUAAAAAAUUCAUCGGUUGUUACAUUAAAGGUGGCUGUUUGGGUGGGUCAGUUUUUUAAAAAUAUUAAGCCACUAUUUAAUGAAACUGAAGGCAAAGUUUUGCUUUUGAAAACACAGACAUGUGGGAAGACUUCCAUUUUACAAAAUUGUAGGUUAUGGGUCAGUAUUUUUGUAGGAUUUUUUCAGUGUUGCUUGUAGCACUUUUCUUUUCCAAUGUUGUGUUUCACAUGUCAAUUAUUAAAUCAUAUGGUAAAAUGAAAACUCAUAUUUCAUUGGGAAGUUUUUGUUUCUGAAGGAAGCCCCUGUGCACAGGAGUGUAAUCUUCUGGAGAUAGAUCACAAUUUUUGAUUGUGAAGCUGUUCUUCAAAUUAACAUGCUGUAUUUUUCAUAGUGAUUUACCAUUGUUUUGCUGCUAUAAAAUUCUAUGCCUUUUUUUUUCUCUUGUGCUGUCUGGUAACAUUGUUAAGUUUCCCCAGUUACAUUUUACUGUUGCAGUAUAACUGUGAUUGGUGGCAUUCGUUGUUUGGUUUCAAAGUUCACAUGUAAGUCAUUUUGUAAAUACAGUAUCCAUUGUUCCAUUUCCAAUUUUUCAGGGACAUGUUUUAUAUUCUAGUUAUGCUUUGUUCAUCUUGUUUGUUGAAAAUCAACAUUUGAGUAGGUAUCAUAAAGUUUUACCCCUUAUUUGCUUUAUCAGGCCAUUCAUUAGAAAACUCUGUUUGUUGUUUGGUAAAUCAUAUUUGGGUUAAUAGUAUCAAAACAAGUUUUAACUUUGUCCACAGCAUGUCAUCAAACUUAUUGCCUUCAGACCCUAAAGAGCUUAUAUUAUUAAUUAGCUAACCUACAAAAUUAAAUAACUAUAAAUUGUUAUUUACUUAGUAAAAAGGGAGUAUUUUUCUACUAAGUUUCCAAAAAAACUCCAAUAUUAACUUUUUUUAAAACAUCAUAUUUGCUCACCAAUCUUAACUUUGGUGGGUGUUGAAUGUUUUUCAAAAAGAGUAGCGCAAGUCCCCCUACCAGAUUUGGACAAUUGAAGGGCAACAUAAAAUUUUUUGCAAAUAAGCUCAGUGUUUAUGGUUUUGGAAAAUGUAAGUUAUGUUUUCCAAGCCUUUUUCUGAGACAUAUUGUUAGAAAAUUCUGUUACAGGCUAUUUUGUACAUUUAACAAAGUAAAAUUUUCAAAACAGUUUGUUUUGCAACAUUGUUUAUGGAGAUGUUGGGAUUGGAUCAUAUUUGCGAAUUAGCAGUAGAAAGCUACUGCAAAUGUUAAUCUGUGUAUGGAGCUUACUAGAAUUGUAGUUUUCAAAUUUGUUCUUUUGGUUCACGUUCAGAUUUGUACAGUGUAAUUAGUUUUUUUUGACGGGAUGUUAGUAAUACAACGUCUCAAAAGUAUAACAGAACGAGCGCAUUUUUCUUUAGCGUAUUGCAUAAUGUAUGGCUUCUCUUUAUAACUUAAUCUCAUAACACGGUUGUUAAUAGUGGUUGGUUAAUUUUUAAUGCAGUAAAGUGUUGUGGAAAAACGUUGUUUCGGAGCCAAAGUUGAGCCGCUUGCUUAAAACAUACCUUAGCAUGAAGAUAUGUAGAUACAGUAUUAAUAAAAUGUUUUGUAAAGAAAUAAACACAUAUCACGUUAAAAGUAAUAGCCAAAAAUAUAUAUGAUGUAAAUAGUGAUUUUAAGGUAACUGUGUCUUUGAAUGGUGGAUCCUUCUGGCAAUAAACAUGUAAUUUAG